AAAAAGCACGAAAGAAAAACAGAGGAUAGAAACGUAAAUAAAACGAAAGCGAACAAGGGAGCUCAUUCAGUGGCUACGGCUAACACUGGUGUUUUGGGGGGGGGGGGGAAUGUUUAGUAGCUGUAAAAUUAAAUUAUGUUUGCAUAAUGAGAUAAUGUCAGAAUGUUGAUAGUUUAAUUGGAGGAAGCGAAAUAUGUUGCUUUUAGUUUAGGGAUCAGUUUGAGAGGGUUUUACUGAAACUAAAUCUUUUUCGUUCUAAUUCGUGACGAAUCUUUAUUCUACAAUAAAUCUUUAAUGAAUGAGGCAAGAGAAAGAAGCUGCAAAGCGACAAUGAAAUCUUGAAAAUUGAUAAUACCUGAAUAACUACUAGAGCUUUUGCUUGAGGUCGGAGAUCUUCACAUGACUGGAGUAAAACUGGAGUUCAUGAAUUUGAAACGAAAAUUAGUGGAUCUCCAUAGACUAAUGGAUGUCCAAAGAUUCGUGAAUCCUCAAAGAUUUAUUUUUUUUCAAUUCAUUUCAUUUUAAUUUCUUAGCUGGAACUCUAUCAAACAACUUGGUAAUGAAGAAAACUAUGAAUAAUGGUUCGUGAGGGAAAAAACAAAAAAAAAAACAUCAGCUCACAAAUUCCGAAACGAUUUCGAUUAGCGAUGGAACGCCAGAAUUAGGUACGCUCUAAUCACAAGCGAACAAAUCAAAACAUGUUUAAUCUUAACCGUAGUUCGCAGUCGUAACAAUGCGAUGUACAAUUCAAUUCCCAUUCUGCGUGACUUUGAAUGACUGCUACGAAGAAAAAAAAACCCCAAGGCAACACGAUAAGGACAUUGGCAAAUAAGCAAAUAAUCGCAGCUCGGUCUAACGCUGUACGACAUGUACCCAAGACAAUUUAAUAUGACAAAACAGAUUACACCCUAUGGGCGCUUCGCCCUCCUUCUUGAGCGUACUUGGGUGGGCAUCAUAGUCCCUGACUUUUGGGUAGGACCUCCUCUUAGGAUGCUCAAAACCAAAAACAAAAAAAAAACAACAAACGACACACGUCCACGUCCCGAAAUGUCCUUAUUCCUUAACAUCUUGUUUGUGUUCGGUCUAAGGUGAUAUUUUCUUAAUGGAAUCAGUGUUUUUCUUAUGCUUUUGUUCGCCAUCUUUCUGGGCAUCGUUGUAGAGGGAUGGAAAAACUAUUUAAGUCGCACCACUUUCCAACAAGAUCGUCAGUACGGUGGCAAAGAUGCACCUAGUCGGCAGUUACGCGGAAAAUCGGCUCCAAAGCUAGAUUUUCGCUUUAUACUUCAAGUUUUCGGGUCCUUACACAGAGAAGGAACGCAUCGUGCUGGGUGGUGUAAAUAUUGGAAAUAUCCAAAUUAAGACAAAUUAAGUCGUGAAAAGUGCCGCCGUGUAAACGAUAUCCGGAGCGUAAAUUUCGGCUCAGCUUCAACAAAACAAACGGAGCAAACAUCUCCGCAUCUGGCAAGCGACAAAUCCGGGAAACCAUUUUUGGCAAAGUAAAGUGUCGCCGGAAUAUGGCACAGAAACGGCCACGAAUCUCGGUGGGCGUAAUGGCAGUUUGUUGCGGCGUACUGUCCCUAUCGGUUGUGGCGCGUGAAUCUGCCUCCCACAGUGAUGCCGGAGCAAGCGCACGAAAGUAUGUCGCGGUGCAUCAUCAUCCGGUGCAUCCGGGAACAUUUUCAUCUCCGGUCGAUGCACCGGACACGCUGGGUAUGGCAGGCACGACAACACCACUAACGCCCGAUCCGAAAGCGAUCGAAAAUGAACGUCAUCGACAAACGAGAGACACAAUUCAAAUCAUUCGACCAACUUCAACGAACGAAGAAUCCAUCAGCACCGGUACAACGGCGAAGCAAAUAAGACUCCGACGGAUGGAACCAAACAUCCGUAACCUUCCUUCGCCGCUUGUCUUUAUGCCUGCCCGUGGUCGUCGGUUUGGUGGCUUCGAAAUUCCGACCGAAAAGCGACAGAUCACCAUCGAGCAGAUGCUUGAGAAGGGUGACUACUUCGUCCCGAACAGAGGCAAAAAGGCACCGACGCCGACGGGCGAACUGAUCAAGAAGGGCAAGUUCGACGUACUGCUGGGUGGGACGCCCGAUGAGUACUUCUUCCCGAACCGAGGCAAAAAGCAGUACUGGCUGACGUACGACUCCUCGGUCAGCAAUGGAAGACCCAUGGCCGCUCGGGCCGUUACACCGUUUGAUGGCAAACAGAAUAGCUACACCCUGUCGAACGUCCAACAACUUCAACAGCCCCUAGCGAGUCGUUUGCGCCGAAAUUUGCUGGAAAAUCUUGCCAACGAGCACAAGGAUACGUUCUUUUCGUCGCGUGGCAAAAGGCUUCUACCGCUGACGGAGGAAUUGAUGCUCGUGCCUGGUAAUACGCUAACCGACGAGCAGCCGGGCGAGCUUGGUCCGGAAGGUUUGUCGGGUGAAAUGAUGCCGGAGUUUUCCAGCCAGCCGAACGAUCUCGAUGCAUUACUGUGGAAUCAGGAUCUGUUGCUUUCGCUGGAUCAACCCGUAAGCUAAGAACCAGUAAACAUCAGCACAUCGGAAUUCACGUUUUUCUCUGACACCGGCCACACAGAACCAGUGGAUUCGUAGUAGGGAGAUGCAUUCAUGUUUCUAUCGUAUGUUUUGUAUGUGUUUUCCAUGAAUUUCUCAAUACGAUAUUCAAACGCAUCGUAGUACGUUUUUUUUAAAUACGCAAUUAGGAGCGUUAUACUUUGCUCAACUAAAGCUGGUGACAUUCCUAUAAGCAAAUGCAAAGUAUGCAAAAGACAACAACACAAAAAUACAAAAAAAAGAAACAAACAAACAAUUUAAUAAUAAUUUGUUACAAAAAAAGAAACGAAUAAAUUGCGUAACAAACGCAUCAAAAGUGAAAGAAAAGCAAAGAAAUUGAGAUAAAACAAGUAAUGCAUCAUAAAUCACGGACCGUUAUGCUAAUAUUAAGCGGAAAAGUAAAACUUCCUUUUCUGAAAUAAAUGCACAUGACACUAAUAGCAUUAUUCAUUAUGUUUAAUAUUUUUUAACGGCCUACAGGGGGAAUAGAGUUUAAAUUUUUAUUACACUUACAGUGACUCAAACCUCAAAUCCGAACAUCUACAUAUUGACACCGACAAAAGGUAACGAUUGUCGGUCGUUGGAGCAAAUGUCGCCAAUUAGUGCCGAAUUAGUGUUUGAUGCACUGUAAAUACAGUGGAGAGCCGAUUAUCCGGGUUCCUUUUAUCCGGCUAUCCCAUUAUCCGUGCAGCUCGGAAAUGACAGUUCCAAAGGCGAAUUGACAUAUUAACUGCAAACCGGUAAUGGCAAGAAAUAAAAGGCUCAAAAAGAAAUGAUACAAUUGGCUCAAGUUCGACCAAAUAGAGCAGAUUUUUUUUUAAAUGCACCUAAAACUAUUACACAUUAUACUUUAGAAAAAAAAUCCACCUAUUACACACUAAACACUAAUAUUUAUCAAUAAAAAGAGUUGUGACUAUUAUCCGUGAUAUUCGCUUAUCCGGCAAGGACUGAGUCCCGAUGAGCACGGAUAAUCGGUGUUCCACUGUACAUCUUCAACAAAAUGAAGCUAAAAAACCUUCUCUAUCUAUGACAAAAAGAUUAUUAAAUUAUUAAAAGAUCAAUUGGAGAAACAUUUUAAUAAACACAAGAAAAUGUCUACCUUAGUACGGACCCAUUAAAAUUCUUACAGAACUAUUAAAGUUCAAAGAAGUUCCAUCUCUUGAUGACUCAAGAACAUUUUUAAACAUCAUUAUCCAGUUUACAAUGGGGACAAUCCAUCGAUCCGUUUUUACAGCACGAUUUACACUACGAUGUAUGAUUCAUUGACGUUCCGGCUGCCUUUCUUACUAUUUAUCCACACACUGUUGCGACAUUGUGACAACACUUCAUCGAUAACAGAACCGUUGCGGACGAGCGAUUAAAAGGUGAUUAUUGCAUUCCCGCGGUUUACAUGUGUUAAUAAAGCAACAAUAGUGUAAUUGCUUGCAACUUCGCUAACACGAACGCGUUCCCACAUGCCGCCACACAAGUGUCGCACUUUAAGAUAAAGCGUCUUGCGCGUAGGGAAGAUUGCAAAAGUGGCCCAUUAAACCGCAGAUGGCACUGAUUAAAAGCAAAUGCACCCAUUGCCAUGUAUGUAUUUUUGUCCAAAAAUGAAACCAAUUAUCAGUAGAGCCAAUGGUUUAACAGCGGCAAACUAAACAGCUUGGCAACUCGGCAAACAUUGCCAGGGAUAAAAGAAGAAUCGCAUAUAUUUUAGCAAUCAGUAGUUAACAAAGGUUUACUUUCUACUUUUGGGAGGAGGAAAUCAAAUAUUUAACUUCACAAUUCACACAUUAAUGCUCUACAGAAAAUUAUUCAUAUUGCUAAAAGCAGUAAGCUUCUUUAAACGGACACGCAAAUUAAUCAUACUGUGACCAAAAAACCAAAGAUAAGGUUUAGGCUAUUCUUGGAUGAUGAUGAUUGUU